GAAAAGUUCAAAAUUACUACACCAGAGGGAGAUAAUUGGUUAGCCUACUUGAAGCAUCCGGGAACCUCGCCAUAGUAGUAGACAUGGCGGGUAUCAACCUGGCUAAAUGACGAAAUAAAUUUUGUUUGGUAAUAAAAGAUCGUGUUAAUUUCGUAGAAAAAGUGUUGAUACUAAAAGACUAAUUAAGUUAUAUUGGAUUAGGACAAAGAUGCAGAAUGUUGGACAGUCUGAAAACCGAAAUAUCGAUAAGGUGAAUGUGCAACUUGAUGUGGUAAAAUCGUCCACUCCUCAAAGUUCGGCUUCGAGUCCGGCCAAAUCUGAAACCGAAACGUAUUCAGGAGCGCCUGCCAAAUACAUGACGGACUCUUCGGAAAGCGAGGAUGACUCUGUGUCCGAGGCGGAGAUGGAAGAAGAAGGUGGUGGUGCAGAGCCAUCAAAGUUCCUGUUAUCCCAUGAUGACCCAGAGCGGGCUGUUGACCCAGAGAUGCAGGCUCGUCUAGAAGCUUUGCUUGAAGCAGCGGGCAUCGGUAAGCUAUCCGGUGAAGGCAAGCACCUUGCCGACCCAGAGGUGCUUCGGCGGUUGACGUCGUCGGUGUCGUGCGCGCUCGACGAGGCGGCCGCCGCCCUCACACGCAUGCGCAGCGACCAGCCACCACCACACCACCGACACCACCAUCAGGAUAAAAAUCAACAAUGCGGGUCGAGUGCGACGGGAACAACGCCCACGGUAGCGUCGUCGGUGGGUGCGGACGGCGCGCCAUCGCUAGCGGAGGCUUGUUCGGACGGCGACGUGGGAACCGUCAGAAAAUUGCUCACCGAGGGCCGCUCCGUGCACGAGACCACAGAAGAGGGUGAAUCGCUGCUCUCGCUCGCCUGCUCCGCGGGAUACUACGAGCUCGCGCAGGUGCUGCUAGCCAUGCACGCCAGCGUGGAGGACCGCGGCAUCAAGGGCGACUGCACCCCGCUGAUGGAGGCGGCGAGCGCGGGCCACGUGGACAUCGUGCGCCUGCUGAUCGCGCACCACGCCGACGUGAACGCCGUGUCGGGGUCGGGCAACACGCCGCUCAUGUACGCCUGCGCCGGCGGACACGAGGACUGCGUGCGCGCGCUGCUCGAGAGCGGCGCCAACGUCGAGGACCACAACGAGAACGGACACACGCCUCUCAUGGAGGCGGCGUCGGCAGGACACGUAGGUGUGGCCAAGAUCCUCCUGGAGCACGGCGCGGGCAUCAACACACACUCUAACGAGUUCAAGGAGUCUGCGCUGACGCUGGCGUGCUACAAGGGGCACCUGGACAUGGUGCGCUUCCUGCUGGCGGCCGGGGCCGACCGCGAGCACAAGACCGACGAGAUGCACACGGCGCUCAUGGAGGCCAGCAUGGACGGACACGUCGAGGUCGCCAGGCUACUGCUCGACUCCGGCGCCCAAGUUAACAUGCCAACUGACAGUUUCGAAUCACCGCUGACUUUAGCGGCGUGCGGUGGCCAUGUUGAAUUAGCGAUGCUGCUUCUAGAACGAGGAGCCAAUAUUGAAGAGGUGAAUGAUGAAGGUUACACGCCACUAAUGGAAGCCGCAAGAGAAGGUCAUGAGGAGAUGGUGGCAUUACUACUGGGCCAGGGAGCCUCAAUCAAUGCGCAAACGGAAGAAACUCAAGAGACUGCAUUAACGCUGGCGUGUUGCGGCGGGUUCCUCGAAGUAGCAGAUUUCCUCAUCAAAGCGGGGGCCGACGCCGAGUUAGGAGCAUCCACACCCCUCAUGGAAGCUUCUCAAGAGGGACACCUAGAGCUCGUGCGGUACCUGCUGAAGGCGGGCGCGGACGUGAACGCGCAGACGCAGACGGGCGACACGGCGCUGACGUACGCGUGCGAGAACGGACACACCGACGUGGCCGACCUCUUGCUGCGGGAGGGCGCCCAGCUCGAGCACGAGAGCGAGGGCGGCCGCACGCCGCUCAUGAAGGCCUGUCGCGCCGGACACGUCUGCACCGUGCAGUUCCUCGUCGGGAAGGGUGCAGACGUAAACCGCAUGACCGCCUUGGGUGACCACACUCCGCUCUCAUUAGCGUGCGCGGGUGGCCAUGUGGACGUGGUGAAGUUUCUGUUGGCGUGUGAUGCGGAUCCCUUCCGUAAGCUAAAGGAUAACUCCACCAUGCUCAUCGAAGCGGCUAAGGGAGGUCACGCAGCCGUCGUGCUUCUCCUGUUAGACUACCCGCACUCCGUCAUGUUACCGAGGGGUAACGCGACGGCGGAGGAGACGGGCGGACUGAGCGCGGCGCAGGCGGCGGCGCUGGGGCUGGCGCACGUGGCGGCGCCGGGCGCGGGCGCGGCCGCAGGCGGGGGCGCCGCGCCCCGCGCGCUGCUGCCGGCGCAGGCCGAGGCGGGCGCGGGCAAGUUCUCGAAGGUGUACCUGGACGAGCGCGGGCUGGCGGCGCGCAAGAAGCCGGAGCCGGAGCCCAGCAAGCACAAGUGCACGCGCAAGCAGCGCGCCGCGCCGCCGCACUCGGACCACCACCUGCCGCCGCCGCCCGACAUACUCGACGACAACCGGGACCUGCGCGACUGCCUGCCCGACGCCGAGCGCAUCCUGCUCGACCUGCCCGACCCCGCAGGUCCGCCAACGCUCGCCACGUCGGCGCUGCACGCCUUGGACCUACAGUUCUGCGCUCAAGGUGUGACGACGGUGCACCCCCCCACCACGCCCCCGUACCCGCCCCCGCAGCAGUUGUUCCCAGUGCAGCAGCUAGCUACAAACCUCAACCAGCACCAACUGCAGGAGUUGCAACAACAGCAAUUCCAGCAGCUCGCUGUACAACAGCAACAACAACACCAGCAGCAACAGCAUCAGCAGCAGCAGCAACAACAACAACAACAACAACAACAGAAGAAGCAACAACAACAGCAGCAGCAACAACAGCAGCAGCAGCUGUAUGUGCAAGAGCUGCAACAGAGGCCCGAAGCUUUCGCGGCGCAGUUGGUGGAGGCGUCGUGCGGCGCGGCGGCGGAGGGCGCGGCGGGCGCGGGCGCGGCGGGCGGCGUGGAGGCGCGCGAGCUGGGCGCCGUGCUGGCCUACCUGCAGCGCGAGGUGCCGUCGCUGGUGGCGCUGCCGCCCAACGAGCUGCGCUCGCUCGUGCUGCAGGUCAUGCAGCAGAAGUCGCACGAGAUCCUGUCGUCCAAGUGCGCGGAGGUAGAGGCGGAGCGCGGCGAAGCCGAGGCGGACGACGACGGCCUCGAGCGACACGCGCGCCGCCUGCUGGAGGAGGCGCUCAGCGCCGACUGGCCGCGCCAGGACCACCACCACCAUCACCAUCACCACCACCACCACGUCGACGUCACGACCAGCAAUGGAUGCCAGUUUAGACUCCGACCAUCGUCUCCCUCGGGGAAACUCGAGAGUGGCAUAAUCCUAACGCGGGCUGACAACGACAUUUUGACAAUACCUCAAUCGUCUUCUCAACCUCAACCACAGCAGCAACCUCACCCUCAGCCUGAUCUCCAACCACACUUUGCACUGCCUCCACCGACGCUGCCCUAUGAAGACUAUAGGUCGGCGACGUUUGCACCGACGCACGCGGGCGUGGCGGGCGCAGCGGGCACUGCGGGCGCGACGGGCGUGGGAGGCGUAGGCAGCGUGGGCGGCGUGGGUAGCGCGGCGCACAUGUCACAGCUGCAACACGCGACGCACGGCGCGACACACGGCGCGGCUCACGGCGUGACACACGGCGCGACUCACGCCGCGGCGCACGGCCCGCCGCCGCAGCCCGCGCCGCAACCCCACUCCAAGCGCGACCAGCACCACCACUCCACCGCCAAAAAGAAGAAUCGUUUCGCGGGGACGGGCAGAGGCUGCAGGUCAGGCGAGGCGUUCGGCACGGCAACUCCCCCCGCGCCCGCGCCCGCCGCCUACUGUGCCAUGGACGUGGAUGGCGAGACCGACUCCAACCAUGACACAGCGCUCACGCUGGCUUGCGCCGGGGGGCACGAGGACCUGGUCGAGCUACUGCUCAGCCGGGGCGCAGAUAUCGAGCACCGGGACAAAAAGGGUUUCACUCCGCUAAUUCUAGCGGCGACUGCCGGACACGAAAAAAUCGUGGAGAUCCUUUUAAACCACGGUGCGGAUAUCGAAGCACAGUCGGAACGUACAAAGGACACGCCGCUGUCGCUGGCGUGUAGCGGCGGCCGGUACGAGGUGGUGGAGCUCAUCCUUAGCCGCGGCGCCAACAAGGAGCACCGCAACGUGUCCGACUACACCCCCCUCUCCCUCGCCGCCAGUGGCGGAUAUGUCAAUAUCAUCCGAUUGCUGCUCACGCAUCAGGCUGAAAUUAACUCUCGAACUGGUUCGAAACUCGGUAUUUCCCCUCUAAUGUUGGCUGCUAUGAACGGGCACACGGCUGCCGUACGCCUGUUGUUGGAUUGCGGCUCCGAUAUCAACGCUCAGAUUGAGACCAACCGCAACACCGCCCUCACCCUCGCUUGCUUCCAAGGUCGGCACGAGGUGGUAAGCCUGCUCCUGGACCGCAAGGCCAACGUGGAGCACCGCGCCAAGACGGGGCUGACGCCGCUGAUGGAGGCGGCCAGCGGCGGCUACGUGGAGGUGGGGCGCGUCCUGCUGGACAAGGGUGCUGACGUCAACGCGCCGCCCGUACCCUCCUCCCGCGACACGGCGCUCACCAUCGCCGCCGACAAGGGACACACCAAGUUCGUGGAGCUACUUCUGCAAAGAAGAGCAGCGGUUGAAGUUAAAAACAAAAAAGGCAACUCUCCUCUAUGGUUGGCAGCAAACGGAGGACAUCUCGCAGUAGUUGAGAUGUUGUACGCGGCCGGCGCAGACAUUGACUCACAAGACAACAGAAAAGUAUCAUGCCUGAUGGCUGCCUUCCGUAAAGGCCACACAAAGGUGGUUAAAUGGAUGGUAGGCGUAGUAACGCAGUUCCCCUCGGAUCAGGAAAUGACAAGGUACAUCUGUACAAUCUCGGACAAGGAGCUACUGGAGAAGUGCCAGGAGUGCGUGCGCGUGAUCCGCGCGGCCAAGGAGACGCAGGCGGCGCGCGCCAACCAGAACGCCACCAUCCUGCUCGAGGAACUCGACGCCGAGCGCUGUCGCGAGGAGUCGCGCCGCCAGGCCGCCGCGCGCCGCCGCGAGCGCAAGAAGAAGAAGAAGCUCGAGAAGAAGGAAGAACGGCGAAAGCUGCAAGCUGAAAAUGACAAGAACUCUAUGUAUUGUGACAAGGCUCUGGCCGAGUGCUCCGAGGGCGGGGAGCCAGAUGACGAACCUGUCGCCAAGGAAGAAGGAGACUCCGGCAUUGAUGCAAACUCACAGGGUUCCUGUUCAUCUUCCGAUGUCAAAGCUCCGCCAGUUCAGACUACUAAAUCUAAAAAGAAGAAGAAAGAAGAGAAGGCAGCUCCCGCCCCACCCCCACCUCCUGCCAAGAAACAACCCGAUAAAAGCAAACCUAAAAUAGAGACUAAACCUGAGAAGGAAAGUACCCCGAAACCUGAUAAGAAGCAGGAGAAAGAGAACGUAGCUCCAAGCUCUCCCCCCGCAACCCCAGUGAAGCCCACGCCGCCGCCUGAACGACGGCCUGCCGACAAGAAAGACAACAAAAAACCCGAGGAGGAUAGCCCUAAGAGCAUUACAGUACAGAAUGUUAACAAAUAUGGGAAUAACUCUAGAAAGAGUCAAGUAUUCGAAUCCACUAGGCACAUUGUGGAAAAAGACGAUAUUGACACAAGCGACAAAAAUAAAAAGACGCACAACACGCAUCAAUGGGAGACUGAAGGCAAGAGCACGUCUCCUAAGAGCGGUUGCGUCGGUGGGCGACGCGAGGAGGGCUGGAAGGAGGUCGUACGCAAGUCUAGUGUACAAACGCUCUCUACGGUGGAACCUGGCUGCAAGAAAGUGUCAGUGGCGUCCCAUGCAAUCUCCCGAGUUAUUGGACGUGCGGGAAGCAACAUCAACGCUAUUAGAUCUGCUACGGGCGCUCAUAUUGAAGUGGACAAGCAGAGCAAAGGACAGGGCGAACGCAUCAUCACUAUUAAGGGUUCAGCGGAAGCAACUAAACAAGCAGGCAUGCUGAUCGCGGCGAUGAUCCGCGACCCCGAGGCGGACAUCGUACAGCUACUGCCGCGCGCAGCUGCCAAGCCCGCGCCGCAGCCGCUGCCGCUGCAGCCCAAGACGCCCAAGCAGCCACCGCCGAAGCAACAGGCUGGCGCGAGUAGCAGCAGCAGUAGCUCGGCCAGCAGCCGCACCACGCCCACAGCGCGCGCGCCCGCCAAGCAGCACGUACGGCCCGCGCCGCCGCGCCUCUGUCACACGGUAACGAGUACGGAGAAGCGCGCGGCGACAUCGAGCGGGCCGCACGUGAGCGCGGCGGCGGGCGGCAAGGGCACGGGCGCGCUGUCCUACACCGGCGCCAUCGUGGGCGCGCGCACGCACACCUUCGCCGCCAAGCUCACGGCCGCGCCUGCGCACGCGCCCGCGCCCAGCGCCGCGCCCGCGCCCCCGCCGCCCGCCGACCUCAAGCCCAGGCCACCACCACCGCAAACGAGCGGGCCAAGCAGUAGCCCGGGCUCGGGUGCAGCGGUGGGCAGUGCGGUGUCCCCACAGAAGACGCGCGAGGCGUCCCCCGGGCCGGUGGCAACGCCCGCGCCCCCGCACAAGCCCGACGACAGCGACAAGCAGCACCGCCUGCCUGAUCGCACCGUGCAGCUAAGCCCUGAUAAUUCAAGUUCGUGGAGUGCUAACGAGGAAACUACGCCGAGCACUUCCACAGCGCUACACAUUAAUACCACACCCCAAGCGACGAGUCGCGCGGGCGGGCAGGAGUACUCGCUGUUCAAGGACGUGUCGGGCGGCGCCGCCGUCUGGGGCGCGGCCGGGGACAACCACCACAACGUCGAGCCCCCGCCGCCACAGGUGACGCACUUCAAUAUGGUGGACGCGAGCAAGGCGCCGGGGUACCGCGGCGGCGGCGGCGCGGGCGGCGGCGUGUCGCCGUGCUCGCGGACGUCCUCGCACGGCAGCACGCCGCCCCCCGCAUACGCGCAGCCCUCCUACCACCAGCCCAUGCCCAUCGGGAACCACGCCACCCACGGUAACAACGUCAACACUAUGGAUAUGAGCGGACUCUCCCGGAAUGGACCUAUUUACCAAGACAACUCCCGAAAUGGCCAUAAUAUGAUGCAACAAGUGUCGAUGUCGAGCGGAGUGAACAUGAGCGGCGCAGCGCUGGGGCUGGGCUAUGUUGGCGUGGAGUCUGUAUCGCGACUCAACCCGCGCGCGCCUGACUUCGCGCAGAGACACCCUCUCAUGCAGCAGAAACAUAACGCACAGUUGUUCGCGGGCACUAGCAACGCGGGCAACCUGAGCGCGCUGCUGAUGUCGUACCAGCAGCAACAGGCCAUGCCGCAGUCGCCCAAACCCAUGCAGCACGCCCCGCAGCAACACCACGCCUACCAGUCCUUACUAGAGCGCGGCGUCGGAGUGAGCGGAGGCGGGUGGGGCGAGGAAGAGGAACGCAAGCCGCGGCCCAUCGGCACGGAGCGCGCCUGGAAGCUCACGGCGGCCGAGGACUGGGGCCACGCGCACGUCCACCACCAGCCGCUGGGCGAGGCCGAGCGCUACGGCGCCAUGGGCCACGCGGGCCACGCGCUGGACGGCGCCUACGGCGGCGUGGGCGGCGGCGCCACGGCCGCGGCGCUGUCGCUGAUGCACGCGCUGCCGCUGCACUACCUGCCGCCCGUGGCCGCGCCCGCGCCCGAGCCGCACCCGCACUGGGACCCGGCGCACGCCGCCGACAAGCAGGCUUGGAGCAAGUGGACUCACUAGAGCCGCCCGGGGGGACCCGAGGCCGCGCCGCCGCGUCCGCCCCAGCCCCACAGGAUUAUAUAUAAUUGUAACCCUUGGAAACGGUGUAGAUAUUAGUGAGAAAGAAUUAUAUUAUACAGAUUAUCUAUAUACAUAAUAGAGAAGAUGUCCUAUCGAGAAGAGAACUACUUAUACUGUACGAUCGACUGAAGUGAGCAUUAAACGAUUCAUUAUAAUGAAACUCGUGAGGGGAGUCGGAUGUAGUUUUAUUUGUUACUGCCGCUCGCCGGUCGCGACGUUACGUUUAGACGAAUUAUAGUUAUGUUAUAGUCGGCGUCGCCGUUUUCAUCUGAUGUAGAUAUACGCGUAAACGAAUGUAAUAGUAGGUAGCUUGGAAUGUGAUUCCGAAGUGCCGCUGAGUGUUUUGAGUUGCCUUGCGAGCGAUCGCCGCCCGCCGUCUAUUAUACAUAUUUUACACUAUAUUAUGGCAUAAUGCGAUAUUAUUUCGAUGAUUGGUAUGCUCGAAAACCAAGGCGGAAUAUUAAACAUGUAUUAAUAAAUUUGCUUGUACAUGAAGAUUAAAUAUCGAUAUAUUGAUGCACUGUAUCCACUGGUGUUUUUAAUAAUACCACCUGUUUUUCAAUAAAUUCUUUUUUAAUAGGUUUAUUUGGGGAAUGUGUAUAUUUAUAAGUAAAUUAUUAUUGAGGACUUACUUUGUCUCGAAUAUAAUUAAAGCAGGAUAUGCGGUAAGUUCUAGGCAAAUAAACCGUUGUCAAAGUAAUUUGCGUAUGUUUUUGACUAGGGUCUAGUAAUAAUAUAUUAUUAUCAAGCACUCCUUGAAGUUCAUAUUAUUAUAUGAUACAAUAUUGUUUGCAAAAGAAUUUACUUUUUAUUAAAACAAUAAUUGAGAUUCAUCAUUCUUAUUUACAUUUAUUAUAAUAAUAUUACACUUAAAUAUUAAAAGGACAACAUAUUAUGCAUUCCUAAUGACAUGCUACUUCUACACACAAAUAUAGAAUUUGUUCAAAAUGCAUCAUUUACAUACAAAUCACAAUAAUAUUGUCACAUCUACUUUGGCAAAAUGGCGAGUAGUGUUAAAGUUCGGUAUGACGUUCCAUUAUUUUGCUCUCGAGGUCAGCGUGCAGCUUUGCAACCUUCAAUGAAUGUUUCUUGAUCAUCUGCUCCUGUUCUUCAAAGUGGUUAAUUUUGUCACCAGCGCCAGCAACCUGCACAAACAAAUCAAUAAUUAAUAUUGUUUUACUUCUCUCCAAAAUGUUAAAGUCAGACCUAACAUUUCUACAAACUGCUAUAACUUAAAGGAACUUCCGUAUUUUUAAGUGUAUAGUGAGUUGAUUGCCAAAGUGAUGUGACGUUUAUACUUAUUUGAUUAGUCAAAAGACCUAGAAAGUAUUGAUUUUUUAAUCUUGCAAGCAAGUAAUGAUUCUUGCAAUAAAUAUUAGGUAAAUUGAGCAUUUUUUAAGCACAGCUCAAA